AUGUUGUGUAUGAUGCUUACCGUCGUUGUUGCGUACGCCGCAUCCACCCUCGCAGUGGAUCCUCUGGGUCUUAUCUUCCCGACAAAGAACGCUGAACAGUUCCAGACCGGCGAAGAGCGCAAGACGGUCGAGCUGUUCCCCAACAUCCCUGCCAGCACGACCAGCUUCCUCUGGCAGACGAAUAUCCCCCAGGACACGAUAUGGGCCUUCUCGCUCAACGAUUCUUCCGGCCAGUUCACUGACAGCCCUCUGUUCUUCAUUGAACCCGGCACGGACGACUGUGUGCUCCUCCAAGUUUGA